CGGUGCCACCCUCGUUGCGCCUCCACUUGCUGCUGUUCGUGCUAUUCUCGGUCACAGCAACUCCUAAAUACGGGGUAUGCGCGAACGGCACCCUCAUUUUAACGCGGACCACCGAUACGACUUCGAGUGUUCGCCACUUUUAGUGUGUCCCGGACUGUGCACCAGAUCGGUGAGUCCAGUUAGAGGAUUACUUUCGCUCAUCCUGUACUUGAUCUCGGGCUCGCGUGCUUGUGGAGGUCUUGGACUAAGAAAUCUUGUGGGAAAAGUGCGGUUUUCAUGUCUUAGGGAAGACAGUAGAGAUACCCUCGAGAGGGUGGCGCGGUUCGCAGGCCUUGUGUGCUCGGAACACACUUGUCGCAAUCUGGACAUCUGUGCUGAGCGUAUCAAAUCAUGAACGAUCGAUCACUCCGUGUCGAUGUGACAUUUGCGCUCACCAUCCAUUGUCACAGGUCGAUCAUACGGGGCGAGCAGGAUGACAAUGGAAGAUCGCACGGGUGGCAUCGAACGCGCUGCCUCCGCGACGUCGACGCCGACCACGACGGUACUGACGUUGUCGUCGUGCCCGGCAUCCAUCAGCGACGUCACGCACGACGCUUCAUACCCCCUUCAGCGAGCCAACAAGCGUUCUUUCGACGUUGCUUUCUUAGUGGCGCCUGACGAGAACUUGGCGCGUCGUCAGAGCGAGAAAUUGAGGCUGGUAUCUAGCCGAAGGGAGCGACCGCGAGAUGAUAUCUCCGUAGACAAUGUCUUGGACACCGAUCGGUUGCCGCAGAAUCUUACCAUCAAACAUUACGACAACGACUCUGGCGGCGCAGAUAGAAGAAGACUGCCACAUUGCACAGAGAACUCGUUGAGUCCGCCGUACGUAUCCCCGAGAACGCUAACGCCGACUUUGCCGAGGCUUUCUCCGGAUUCUGAUGGCAGAAGAUACGCGUCAACUGGUCGACUUCAAAAGACUCCGAGUCCACCCGCUUUCUCUACUCAUCAAUCCAUCUUAAGCACCUGCCCGGAAUCAGCAGACCCCUCCGUUCUGGCUUGCGCGAAAGUCUACGAGAGUAGUAUUCCUUGCGCGACCGACCGUCACGGAGAGUCCCGCAGUGCCUUCACAAAGGUCAACCUGGUGGCCCAGCGAAACGGUUUCAACGAAGAUGGACAGACUUCGCCCAGGUCGUCGAUAUCGCCUGAGGACCGGGCAAGCUAUCAGAGCAGCGUCAGUCCACCGGUGGUGUCUUUGCCCGGUGCAACAAGCUACAAGUAUGCGCCGUUUCCUACCAAGAUGACAUACCCUUUCCUGAUGGGCUCGGAGACCGGACAAACAGGCUUGCUGGAGAACUUGAAAAUCCCGCAGAUUGCUCAACCGCCUAAGGUGCCCAGUCCGAAGGUGCCUACUUUUCGACCAGAUUUACCGCCGGUUUACCCGAAUUUACCCUACAACCCCAUCUCCGUUUUCCCGCCGAUGGCGGAUGCUCUUGCCAGGCCGAGGUUUUUGGCGACCGCCGCCGGAGUGGCUGGUCUCUUGCCGCCGUCGUUUGCCGCUCUGACACUGCCGGCGCAGAAUGUCUGCGCCAAAUGCAAUCUGUCGUUCCGGAUGACCUCUGACCUGGUAUACCAUAUGAGGUCUCACCACAAGAACGAGAACUCGGGCGAGGCGGCGAGAAGAAGGAGGGAGGAGAAGCUUAGAUGUCCCGUCUGCGACGAGAGCUUCCGUGAAAGGCAUCACCUUACCAGACAUAUGACCGCUCAUCAAGAUAAGGAGAGCGACGGCAUUGUCGAACAAGUCGAGAUUAAAAGAAGGGCCACUCCUGUUCAUAGUAAGUGACGUCGAAAACUGCCGUCCGAAGACGAUAUAUUAACGGCUGGAUAUUCUUUCGAGAAUUGAAUCCUCAGGUGAUGAUAAAAAAUAGCGGAUAUUAUGGCGCUUAGGUAACGAUAUCUAUGGUGUCAUUCUUUAUUUAUUAUAUUAUGUCCCAUUAGAUCGAGAUAGAGGUCGAGAUAUCGUGAACGUAGUGUGUGAACGUUCGUAUUGCGUAUCGCAAUUACGAAAAGUUUAAUGUUAUCUUUUCCCGGUAAUUCCGGUUAAUCGAAUUUUUAUACAUCUUCCUUGCGUCGCGAACACACAUAAUGUUCCGCAGAUUUACCUAGCAACUAUUCAUCUAUAAAUUUUCCUUUCCACCCUGUGUGUCCUCUAAAGAGAUUAUUAAGGGAUACUAUUGUGGCACUUAUACAUUGUAUAUGUGUACAACAAGAAAUUAAUGUCUACGGAGAGAUUAAUGGACGUGUCUAUCGACACGUUGGUUGCGUGGUAUACACGCUUUAGUUUCACUCAUUGCAAUCAAAACAUUCCCUGUCUAGUCAAUAUUAGGUAGGAUCAAUUUGUAAAUAAAUCUAAAACUCUUCUUCAAAUAAGUAAAGUAAGAAGUGUCUGCACUUUAAGGGUAACGUGUAAAUAAACAACAGCGUAUAUCGUUAACAUGAGAUUAUUAAACCUAAUUAUUUUAGUCGUGUUGAGGGGGCAAAGAAAUAAUUACUUUUUAAAUUGAAUGUUAAAAAGCGAAAUGUCGUAAAUUUUGAAAAUUAAGGCAAAUUUUAAAUUUUUCUACUAACAGAUCUACAUGUGCACAUACACAAUUGUGUAAAGACGAUACAUGCACAUUAUGCCACCUCCAAAUUUGAAUAUCUCAUUAAUAUGAGAAACAUCCGCAUAAAAUGGCGGAUGAAAAUUUUACAGAAUUUUGAAUUAUGUUCUAAGUGAAUUAUAUAUUUGAUUUGAAAGUAUAGGUUUCGAACGGGUAGAGCAUAGUCGCACGAGAACGGUCGCGAUAAUGUGCGCCCAAAAUGACAUAUAUUUAUGGAAAAGUAGCGUGUGCUAAAAUUGUCAGGCAGCAAAUAAUCGCGGUCGUAUUUCGACACGCUCGCAAAUUACAUACGGUCCAUUCGAAUGACUCCAUUUCCACAGCGCACGAAACUAAAAUAUUUGUCGCGUAUUUACGGCGGCGGACAGGUGAAACGGGUGGCGAAUCCGGGUGUGGUGACGAUAGUGGUAGUGGGAUAACGUCGGCGGUCGGAGACGCGAAAGGGUUGCGUGCGGCGGGGUUGUGCAAGCGUGGUGUAAAGCGCAUUUCGGCAGUGUAUACGGAGGUGAGGGCGGUGUGGCAAUAAAUAGAUCGUAAACCGUAACCCGCGUCACACACAAACCGUCGGAGCGCGCAUAAUGGUAGGAAACAAUGAAUGCCGUAAUCGGAAACAGUGCCGGUUUGUUAUCUGCCAUUUACACUCCAUUUAACUUCAAACGGCGAAUCGGCCGGCGCGCAUUCGCGUUUUAAAUACAGCCGGCCUCCAACCACCGUCGAGAAUCGCCCACGCCGCCCUUCCUCUCCGACAUUGCAACCCCUUCUACGGCGUACGGCUUAACAUAGGGUUAAGCUGCCACCGAGUGGCUUAAUAUUGUCCGAAAAUUACGUGAAUUAUCGCUCCGCAUUAACUCGAUGUUGCAAUCGAGUAAAGGAAGGGGAAAAGAGAGAGAGAGAGAGAGAGAGAGAGAGAGAGAGAGAGAGAGAGAG